AAAUUGAAUGUUUGCAAUUGUAGGUUGGCUAUUUUAAUUAUUUUGCCCAGGAGCGUUCCAUUGAUGUUUCCAUCAAAUUAUUUCAUUUCGUUUUUCACUUGCAUGUAAAAUGUACUGUAAUUAAGUGCAGACAUUUAUUUACUUGUCAGUUUAUAGUUGCAUGCUCUGCUGUUUGUGUGCAGUUAAUCAAGAAAUAGAGACAGUGUAUACAAUGGGACCUAAAUCAGCUCUGUAAAAUAAAAUCGGGAUCCUCUGUAAUGAAGCGGUGUGUUUGUAUGCAAAUUAAAGCGAAGAGUGGGAAUGGGUAAAAACGCUCGCGCUGGUUAGAUUAGAUUAGAUUAGAUUAGACUCUGGCGAGAUUGGAAAACUUUUCCUGGAAGGAGGGACAUGAGAAAAAUUCGGCCUGGCUGCUGACGUAAUCAAGAUUCGUUGAUCUGAUUGGUCGAGUCUCGGCUCGUGUAUUGCUCACUCAGUCAGUCUCACGCGUGUUUCCUUCAGUGCAGGUCAGGAGCUGGUGAUCAGAGGAGGUGUGUCAGUGAGACAUGAGACAUAAAAGACGUAUAAGCGCAUGAUGUCACCGUCUUCUUCCCUCAUUCCUGACUGGACAUGAGUUUUUAAUGGAUGUUAUAAAUGUAGUUUUGUUUGGCUUUGAGAGGCGGAAUCCCGAGACGAGACUUUGUUCCUGCGGAAAAGUGAACGGACGAGUUUGACAUGUGAGCAGGUUUGGUGUUGUUUGGUUUAGAGAUUUGCGCCAUUAGCACUAAGUGGUCUUAAGUGCGACUUUCCUCCACUUCAAAAGCGAGUCGCGGAUGUUACCGUUUCGUGAGAACCAGUAAAACUUACUGGGCUAAAAGAGUUUCGCUGUUUCGUCGAGUUUGAGCCGAAGACCAUGGCAGGAGGAAGCAGUUCAGCCAUGAAGACUUUAGAGGAACUGACUCUGGAUUCGGGUUAUGGAGCCGGAGAUUCGUGCAAAUCUCUCAGUCUGUCCUCUAGCAGGUCCAACUCUCAGGCGCUGACGAGCGCACCGCACCGCGGCAACUGGUGGUACUUUUCCGGCUCCAUGAACAGCCGGAACAACAGCUGGGACACGGUGAACACGGCAUUGAACGAGGACCCCGAGGACAUCUUCUCUAAGUGCCCGCGCUUACCGGAGCUCGAGGAGUUCCCAUGGACCGAAGAGGACGUGGGUAAGGUGCUGCGCCGUGUGGCCGGGGAGAGCGCGGUGUUCUCGCACGAGGCCGUGCGCAGGCUGUCGGUGCUGAUGCGCCGCGCGCUGGUCCGCAUCGCUCGCGAGGCGCAGCGGCUCAGCGUCAUGCAUUGCCGCUGCACGCGCUUCGAGGUGCAGAGCGCCAUCCGGCUGGUACUGAGCUGGGCGCUGGCGGAGCACUGCGUGGCGGCUACGGUCAGGGCCGUCUCCAUGUACGACAUGAGCACCGGCGAGCUCCUGCGCAAGGGCAAGUCUGCGCGCUGCGGCCUCGUGCUGUCCGUGGGCCGCUUCUUCCGCUGGAUGGUGGACACGCGGGUGUCGGUGCGCGUGCACGAAUACGCGGCGAUCGGCCUGAGCGCGUGCGUCGAGGCGCUCGUGGAGGAGGUGGGCGCGCGCGUGAUGCUGGCCGAGCGGCCACACGGUGCGUGCGGGGACGCCGCCGCGGCCACAGCGACACGCAUCACUGCGGAGACCCUGGACGGAGUCGUUAACAAUGACGCCGAGCUGUGGGGAGUCCUGCAGCCCUACGAACAUCUCAUAUGUGGGAAAAACGCGAACGGUGUACUGUCCCUGCCAGCAUAUUUCAGUCCCUAUACCGAGGGCCAGCAGGCCGGAGUGGAGAGUAGAGAGGAUGCAUACGCGCAGCUCGAACUGCGCACUCUGGAGCAGUCACUACUAGCUACCUGCGUAGGCAGCAUCUCUGAACUAAGUGAUCUGGUGUCACGGGCCAUGCACCACAUGCAACGCCUGGGUUCAGGGCUGGUCGGAGUAAGUCCAGCUCGCCAUGUCCGCCAGCAGCCGGUCUCCUGGUCUCCAGACGCCUUGCACACACUCUACUACUUCCUGCGCUGUCCUCAGAUGGAGUCCAUGGAGAAUCCUAACCUGGAGCCACCAAGAAUGGCUUUAAGCAAAGAGAGGCCCUUCCUCCUGCUGCCGCCCCUCAUGGAGUGGAUGCGUGUGGCCAUCGUACACGCCGAGCACCGCCGCAGCCUGCUAGUGGACAGCGAUGAUGUGCGACAGACAGCACGGCAGCUACUACCAGGGCUCGACUGUGAACCCCGACUGCUAAAGCCAGAGUGCUGUUUCAGUUCCUUCAAGCGGCUCGAUGCCAAAGCAGCCACUGAUAAGUUCCAGCUGGAUCUGGGCUUUCGCAUGCUCAACUGUGGCCGCACAGAUUUAAUAGGUCAGGCCAUCGAGCUGCUGGGGCCUGACGGAGUCAACAGCAUGGACGAUCAGGGCAUGACCCCUCUCAUGUACGCUUGUGCUGCUGGAGACGAGGCUUUGGUCCAGAUGCUGAUUGACGCCGGAGCAAAUCCGGACAUAGCGGUGCCUGUGUGCUCUCCUAAACACCCCUCGGUCCACCCAGACAGCCGUCACUGGGCAGCGCUCACGUUCGCAGUGCUACACGGACACAUCUCUGUGGUAGAGCUUCUCCUGGAUGCUGGGGCCAAUGUGGAGGGAGCUGCAGUGCGUAAUGGGCAGGAGAACUGUGCCGAUACUCCGCUCCAGCUGGCCUCAGCAGCAGGGAAUUACGAGAUGGUGAGUUUGCUGUUAGCGCGGGGAGCUGAUCCCUUGAAGCGAGCUCGGGAAGGAAACACUCUUACAACAUCGCUUUACGAGGACAUGAACUGCUUUAGUCACGCUGCUGCACAUGGCCACAGGAACGUUCUGAGGAAGCUGCUCUCCCAGCCACAGCAGGUGAAGGACGAUGUUCUGUCUCUGGAGGAGAUCUUGGCAGAGGGGGUGUUUGGGGUGGAGGAGGCAGCGCCUUCUGAGGGAGGACAGCCUCGUCUCUGUAAAGCCCGCAUGAAGGCCCUGCAGGAGGCGUCAUUCUACAGUGCUGAGCACGGAUACCUGGAUGUCACCAUGGAGCUGCACUCACUGAGAGUGCCCUGGAAGCUGCAUGUGUGGUUGGAGUCUCUACGCAGCGCACAGCUCCAAUCCAGAGCUUCGGUCACGCUGUCUCUGCUCAGAGACUUCAACUCUAUUAAAGAGGAAGAGUACGGAGAGGAGCUGCUCUCUGUUGGUCUGCCUCUCAUGUUCAACAUCCUCAAGAGCUGCAAGAGUGAUGCUAUAAUGCAGCAGUUAGGCUCCAUCUUUAGUCACUGCUAUGGAUCUGCUCCUCUUCCUGUCAUUUCUGGGAAGAAACCCACCCUUUCAGCACAGCUUGAUCCCCACUUCCUGAAUAACCAGGAAAUGUCAGACGUGACAUUUCUGGUGGAGGGAAAACCGUUCUACGCUCAUAGGGUUUUGCUGAUCACAGCAUCUGAGAGGUUUAAGUCUCUUCUGGGCUCCAGCAGCUCUGAUGGCUUGCAGCACUGUAAAGAGAUCGAAAUCAGUGAUGUGAAGUACAACAUUUUUCAGGUGAUGAUGUCAUAUCUGUAUUCGGGUGGGACAGAGUCUCUGAAACUCGCUGUGCCUGAGCUUCUGGAGCUGUUGUCAGUGGCAACAUUGUUCCAGUUAGGAGGAUUACAGCGCCACUGUGAACUGCUUUGUGCUCAGAACAUCAGCCUGGAGAAUGCAGUGACCGUGUACAACACAGCCAAGGCACAGGGUGCAGCAGAGCUGAGCGUGUACUGUGAAGGCUACUUCCUGCAGAACAUGGGCGCUCUGCUGGAAAGAGAAGGUUUCCGUGGACUGAUCUCCAGCUCUCGCUCAGCUUCAGGGAGAGAAUCGCUCCUGGAGGAACUGGAGGCCAUGUUAACACGCACGAUGCGCUCCCUCCGUAAAAAAGCACACGCGUGAGAGGACAGCGAGGAGCACAGAAAUGAAGAACUACAGCACGUUAUCAUCGACAGAGACGAAAAAAACAACAGAUAGACAUGAUAAAGAGUUAUGAUUGGGAAAAGAAGUCAGAAUGAGGAGCUGAAUGUGAAGUAGGAAAGACUGAGAUACUGCAGCUGAUGGAUGUGGACAGAGACAUUGGGAGCUUGUAAUAAUGGACAAUGUGAGACAAUGUACAAUGUACAAAUGUGUAAAAUGUGUAAUACUACAUACUGAAUGCAGUUGCAUUCUUGUAGUAAAAGCUAUCCAAAACUAUUUAGGAAUCCCUCAGCGGCCAGACGUUUUCCCUUUAUCCUUUUACAAAGCAUCAUUGUUGUCGAGUCUUCGUGGUAGGACUUGUACCGGGCCAAAUGGAGUAGAAGAGUUUUUAUAAGCUAAAUUGCAGCAGGUAAAACUUGUAUUGGAACAAAAGAGUGGACCUUUUCUAUUUAAAAAAUGUGAGUUUAUUUAAGUUGCCUUUUUAUUGUUCUUUAUGCCAAACAAAUAAAAAUAAUAUAAAACCAAAUGUAUUUUUUUGAACCUGGGAAAAUAUUUGACCUGUACAAAGACUACAAGAUAUACGAAGGGGCAAAGCCGGGGGGUAAAAAGAGAUUUAUGAGCUCUAAUUCAUUUAUGCAUACUUACAAUGUUAAAACAUUUAAUUAUUUCAAUUAAUCUGUUGCCAUAAAGAGUUUUUGAUAUUAAUAUGA